AUGAAUUACAAGGAGAAACUUGAAGAAGAGUACUCAACCCAACGUCCACCUAUGUUCAAUGGUAAGUUCUAUGCCUACUGGAAGAACAGGAUGGAGAUUUUCAUCAAGGCUGAAAAUUACCAGGUUUGGCGUGUUAUUGAAACUGGUGAUUUUGAAAUAACUGCAACCAAUGACAAACAUGAGGUAGUUUCUAAAUCUAUUUCUGAUUAUGACAAAGAAGAUUAUCAUAAACUUGAACUGAAUGCUUUAGCAAUAAAGUAUUUGCACUGUGGACUUGGACCCCAUGAACAUAACCGUAUCAUGGGAUGCAAGUCUGCCAAACAGAUUUGGGAUUUGCUACAGGUAACUCAUGAAGGUACUAACGAGGUAAAACGUUCUAAAAUAGACUUAUUGAUGUCUAGGUAUGAAAGGUUUGAAAUGCAAUCUAAAGAAACCAUAGAAGAGAUGUUUACCAGAUUCAAUUAUAUUAUUAAUGAACUGAACUCCCUUGGCAGGCAUAUUCCUAUUGAUGAACAGGCAAGAAAGAUCCUAAGAAGUCUACCACAAGAUGAACGUUGGAGAUCCAAGGUUACUGCUAUGCAAGAAGCUAAGGAUUUCACCAAGUUUAAUAUGGAACAACUAGCUGGAUCAUUGAUGACACAUGAACUUCAUCUGAGUUCCAAUACUGAAAGUUCCAGAAGUAAAAGCCUUGCAAUUAAGGCUCAAGAUUCAGAAGAAUCGGAAGUUGAUGAGGAAGAGAUGGCUAUACUAGUGAGGAAAUUUACAAAGAUGAUGAAUAAUAAGAAGUUCGACAGGAACAAGAAGUUCACAAGUUCCAGAAACACAACGUGCUUCAGGUGUGGGUCAAAAGAUCACUUCAUUAAGGAUUGCCCUGUACAAGAUGGAGAGAAAGGAAAGACAAAAGGCAAAGAGCAGUCCAAAGAAUCAAAAGUCUAUAACCCUUACUUCACCAAGGAAAAUGUGAAGAAAGCUAUGCUAGCUGCUUGGGGAGAUACAGAUUCAAAAGAAGAGGAGGACCAACCAUUAGAAGAAACUGCUCAUUUAUGUUUAAUGGCAAAAACUGAUGAAGCUGCCAAACUAAAGGAGCUUGAGUCUGAGGUAUGGUUCUCUUACAAUCAAUUAAAACAUCUGUCUAAAGAGAAUCUAAUAAAUAUUGUUUUGGAAAUUCAAGAAGAUUUAAAGGAAUUACAUAGAUCCAAACAGCAAAGUGAUAAAUCUUUAGUUACUUACAAAGAGAACAGUGAAUGGGUUGAUAACAUGAAGUUUGACAUUCAAUACAGGUUCUUUAGUUUGUUUGAUGAUAAUAAAAAUUUAAAAGAGACUAUAGAGAAUCUGAAACAAGAUAAUAUACUCCUGAAUGUGGAAUUGUCUUUAAAACUUAGUGUCGAUGCUCCUAACUCUGAAGUUCCUCCACCUACUGAUUAUCCGAAUUUUGAAAAAUUAAAACAUGAUUUGGAAGAUUUAAAAACGGAUAAGGCACGUCUUGAGGGGGAACUUGAGAGAGCUAGGAAAGGUAAGCAACCAAUAGAGUAUAGAGUUCCUGAUUGGAUUACUAAGGCUCAAACCAAGAAUACUGAAGGUUUAGGUUUUAAAAACAAGUUCCAGAAAGAAAAGAAGUAUGUCAACAUGCCUAGUAGCAUGGUUUGUUAUUUCUGUGGAAAUACAGGACAUAAGCAGGUUAAGUGUCCUAAGAAAAAACAAAGCACACAGAAGAAUGUCAAACAUGUAGAACAAAUCUGGAUCAAGAAAAAUGAAUCAACUCCUGUUACACAGGACCCCAAGGAAACCUGGGUUCCUGACUCUAACGUUUAA